AUGUUGCAGACUCGCUCAAGUAGAAAAGCAAGGUUAGUUGCCGGUUUGAUAGAAAGCAACAUCGGAAGGGCGGGAGCUGCUACAAUAGCUUUGGCGGGAGCUGCUGUUGGUAUUGGAAAUGUCUUCAGUUCUUUGAUCCCUUCCGUGGCUAGAAAUCCAUCCUUAGCAAAACAAUUAUUUGGUUAUGCCAUUUUGGGAUUUGCUCUAAAAGGCUGCUGGUUUGGGGGCAGGGUACGGUACUAAAGGUCCUCAGGCUUC